UUUAGUAUGUUCAUUUGACGCUCGCUAUGAACAAUUUAUACAGCUAACUUGUGAAGCCAUCCAUUGGGGGAAAAAGAGAAACAGGGAGGAAACACAGAGUUUGGAAUUGUGUUUUGACAGAGGCGUCGUAGAAUUGCGAACUGUGAAAUUUGGGAGGAGGUGAACAUGAUAGCGAUAGGAUUUGAGGGCUCUGCAAACAAGAUUGCAGUAGGAAUUGUUAAACUAGACGGAACAAUCCUUUCGAACCCGCGGCACACAUACAUAACUCCACCAGGGCACGGCUUCCUCCCUCGAGAAACAGCAGUACACCAUCUGAAACACAUUCUUCCUCUGGUUGAGGCAGCGUUAAAGGAGGCCAAAAUUAAUGGACAUGAAAUAGAUUGCCUGUGCUACACCAAGGGCCCUGGCAUGGGAGCGCCCCUCCAGGUGUCGGCCGUGGUAGUGAGGAUGCUCUCUCAGCUCUGGAAGAAGCCCAUUGUGGGGGUCAACCACUGUGUGGCACAUAUCGAGAUGGGCAGGCUCGUUACUGGCGCCCAUGAUCCUGUUGUGCUCUAUGUCAGCGGGGGGAAUACGCAGGUCAUUUCUUACAGCGAAGGCCGCUACCGGAUUUUUGGAGAGACCAUCGAUAUUGCUGUGGGGAAUUGUUUGGAUAGAUUUGCUAGGGUUUUGAAGAUCUCCAAUGACCCUAACCCCGGUUACAAUAUUGAACAGCUAGCAAAGAAAGGUAACCAGUUUGUUGAACUGCCAUAUGCUGUAAAAGGCAUGGAUGUGUCCUUCAGUGGCGUACUCAGUUAUAUUGAGGCUACUGCUGCACAAAAGCUUGAAAGUGAGGAGUGUACACCUGCAGAUUUGUGUUUCUCUCUACAGGAGACUGUGUUUGCAAUGUUGGUUGAAAUUACAGAAAGGGCUAUGGCACAUUGCGACAAGAAAGAUGUUCUUAUUGUCGGUGGGGUUGGAUGUAAUGAGAGGCUUCAAGAAAUGAUGCGAAUAAUGUGUUCAGAGAGGGGAGGCAGACUUUAUGCAACUGAUGAGCGGUAUUGCAUUGAUAAUGGAGCAAUGAUUGCUUAUACAGGCUUACUUGCUUUUGCUCAUGGAAUGAAUACAGCAAUGGAAGAAUCAACGUUUACACAAAGAUACAGGACAGAUGAAGUUUAUGCGUUAUGGAGGGAGAAGCCUUUCCCAGUGUUGAAGAAUAUUGAGGACAAGGAAUGCCCCAUAUCAACUACAGGUGAAUGUAUCUAAGCUAGUGACUGUCAGAAUUAUUUUAGUACAAAUAUUAUACAGAGAAUUUAAAGGACAGUUUUGUAAAUCAAAUUUUCUUGUCAAAAGAAAGGCCUCGUUUGUCUUCUUUCUGUAAUAUUCUCUCUGGAUGCAUGAGAGUCUUAUUGAAAACUUAACUAAUGCAUUAGAAAAGUGUAAUAGUAAUUCUUAUGGAAAAUAUUGCAAUUUUUGUUCACAGGAAGCAUAAUAUAAAUUGAACAGUUUCUGUAA